AUGGGUUCUCCUACAGUUACUACGAGCAAUCCCCAGACAAUGGCCAUCAUUCAAAAGGAGAUGGGUCUUUCAGACAAUAGAAACAGUGACUGCACCUCUGUCUAUCUCGGAAGUCAGACAGAGUCAUUGGUCCACGACGCUACUAUCGAACCAGAACAGCUUGCUGGAGAGCCAUCGGUCUUCUGGUAUAAGAUUCGAGCCUGCGGACGGGAUGCCUUCUCCGAGUUCUUUGGAACAAUGAUAUUGAUUCUCUUCGGCAAUGGAGUGGUCGCUCAAGUUCUACUCAGCCACGGGGAGAAGGGAAACUACCAAUCAAUCUCAUGGGGAUGGGGCUUAGGAGUGAUGCUUGGAGUAUACGUGAGCGGACAGUCCGGAGCCCACAUCAACCCGGCCGUCACUUUCGCAAACUGCAUCUACCGUGGGUUUCCCUGGCGCAAGUUUCACAUUUACGUGAUUGCGCAAUUACUUGGCGCAAUGUGUGGUGCCGCCAUUGUCUACGGAAACUACAAGUCCGCCAUCGAUCUAUUCGAAGGCGGCGCCACCAUCCGCACAGUACCGGGCUACUCAUCGACCGCAACAGCAGGUAUCUUCUGUACCUACCCGGCCGAGUUCAUGACCAAGACGGGUCAAUUCUUCUCCGAGUUUCUGGCCAGUGCCAUCUUGAUGUUUCUCAUCUUCGCACUCAAGGAUGAUGGAAAUCUAGGAGCAGGUCCGCUGACCCCCCUGGCUCUGUUUUUUGUGAUUUUUGGAAUCGGCGCUUGCUUCGGCUGGGAGACAGGGUACGCGAUUAACCUGGCACGAGACUUUGGGCCCAGACUCACAUCUUACAUGCUGGGGUAUGGACAUGAGGUGUGGACGGCCGGAAAUUAUUACUUCUGGGUUCCAAUGGUAGCCCCCUUUCUGGGCUGUGCAUUUGGCGGAUGGCUAUAUGAUGUCUUCCUGUACACAGGGGUAGAGAGCUCAGUCAAGACGCCCUGGCUAGGAGUGAAGCGAUUAUUUUAUUUGAAUCGCCAACAGCGCCUAAACCUUGACAGUUCUGUUUGA